CCCCUCCCCAAAAAUAGAGAAAUUGGAUUCCCGCGGGGAAAUGGAAUUCCCUCAGCAGAGGAUCUGUAAUUUUUCUCCAAGCUUGAGGGCAUUUUCAGAUCCAGCAAGUGGAUUUACCUUGGAGAGAGAAUCAAAAAACAGAGGAAACUCUGAAGCAGAGGAGGUCGGUUGAAAAUUGAAAUAGAACGAAGAGUUGUCUACGAUAAAAUUUGUGUUACUGCGUCCCAAUCUCAUUUGAUUAAAAUUUUGGGUUCUUGUAGUUGUUGGCUUUUUUUCUUUUCAUUUUUUUUCCUCAAAAUUUGACAUAUAAAAAGGAUUGGAAUGCAGUAAUUCUAAUUUUAUUUGCUGCUUUUAACAGAUUGCACUCCUCUUAACUUUCUCAGAUAAAGGUAUUUCAUAAUGAUCUCAAAUUUUUUAAUUGAUCUAACUUGUUUUCUUAGUUUAACCCCUUUUUUUUUUCUCCUUUACCCGUGUUUUGUUGAAUAAUUCUCCUUCUCUUAGGGUUUCGAUUUGAUCUUGUAAAUGUUGGAUGGUAUUAGCUUAUUGGAAAUAUCUUUCUUAAUUCAGCAGUGCAUUUGGUGCUUGUGGUUGGAUUUUGAACUUUAUCGUUGCCAUGCUAUGUAUAGAUGGUAAUGGGUUUUGAACAUUUGCUGAGUUCCUGAAAGUUGAAUUGGAAUUGAAUUCUUGUUUCUUUAUAAGAUCUAGUGUCAGUAGAACUGUGGGUGUCUUUCGUGAUCUUAAGUUGUUGAACUCAAAUCUAUUUUGUUUGAGGGAUUGCUGUUUGGUUCCGUGCAAAUCAGAAGUUGAUUCUUUGUUUAGGUGGUGACCAUUACCGUUUGUUAUAGUUCUCAGACUUUUGAUUGUGAUGAAGAUUUUUUUCUUUAUUUUUUAUUUUUUUAUAGAUAAUUGGUGGCUGAGUUUGUAAGCAGGGCAGCUGUGUUGCAUGCAUUCUAAGUUCUAAUUAGUUUUGUGUCCUGUUGCUGCUCAAGCCUGAAUUCCACUGGUAUUUUAUUUGAAAGCCAGUGAUUUAUAAUCGAAGGAUGUCUAUAUGGAUUCUUAAGUGGUUCUAAUUGUUUCAAAACUUAUUUUAGUUCAAAUUGAGUGAAAUGCUUUGGAUUAAUAAUUAGUAUUUUGGAAUGUAUAAACCAGGAAUAGGAAU